CAACAAUCAUGUCGAGGAGAAAGGUUAAAGAGCCAAAAGAAGAAAAUGUGACUCUAGGUCCAGCCGUUAGAGACGGUGAGCAUGUCUUUGGCGUCGCUCGCAUCUUUGCCUCCUUCAAUGACACCUUCAUUCAUGUCAUUGAUUUGUAUGGAAGGGAAACACUUGUCCGUAUCACUGGUGGGAUGAAGGUUAAAGCUGAUAGAGAUGAAUCAUCUCCUUAUGCUGCUAUGCUUGCAGCACAAGAUGUUGCUACCAGAUGCAAGGAGUUGGGCAUAACUGCUCUUCAUAUCAGGCUCCGCGCCACUGGUGGAAACAAAACUACAGGGACUGCCAUCACUAACUGA